GCCUUUUCAGAUGUUCAUGAGGUUUUAUCAUCAGUUCAAGUAAUUAGACAUGGAAAGUACUACAAAAGCUGUGAAAUGUGAAAAGAUGUCUCUUGACCAGGCAAAAGCAUCAGUGGGUUCUGAAGCAGAAUAUUCGUUCAGUAUUAAUGACAAUGCAACUGUACCUGAGACUGGGCUUUCUGAGAAGACUCCUAUCUGUGAUCAGAUAAACACACCGAAAAAGAGAAAGGCAUUUGAAGAUGGUCUUGCAGAGGAAGGUUCCAGCAAUGAGGAGGACUCUCCAUCCAAGAAAAGCAUACCUGAUGUUGACGUUGUCCCAGAGGAAAAGGGUUCUGGUGAUGAAGGUGUUUCAAAGAAAAGAAAACUGGAAACUGAUGAUGUUUCAAAAGAUGAACCUUCCACUGGAGAUGGCACUCAGAAAAAGAGAAAAAGAGAACUGGAGGACAUUCCUGAGAAAAAUAAA